AUGCCUUCCGUCAAAGUCAAAAGCAUCGCUGGUUCCGCCACAAUACACUACACAAUCUCUACACCCAAGAACCCUUCUGCUAAAUCUAUCGACAAGAAUAUACCCACCGUCAUUUUCCUGCACCCAGUCUACAUUGCGUCGGAACUUUUUGAACUGCAGUUUGCGGACCCUAGUCUGCGUCGAUUCAACUUGAUCGCUCUUGAUCUUCGUGGUCAUGGCGAGACCUCGGGCAAAAUUGGGGCUACCUAUGGGCGCGAAGAAGCGGCGGCGGAUAUCGCCAAAUUCAUGGAAGCCCUCCGUCUCCCUCCAUGUCAUUUCGUUGGUGUUUCCAUGGGGGCUUGCAUUUCACUCCAAGUGUCCAUUUCUUUCCCCGAGAAGGCGCUCUCCCUUACCAUGAUUUCUCCACUUCCUCUGACGGAGCCCGAAGACGUUGCAGAAGGGCGCAUGGAAAUUCACGACUGCUGGGUAGAGGCGUUCAAGGGCAGCAAAGUUGACCAGAUUGCUCUUCUCGAUUCCGUCUGCGGUGCUCUCCAACUUGGCUUCAGUGGACAGGAGACAUCUCUCAUCAAGGCGCUCACCGCUCGCGCUCUCGUUGAAUACCGCAUUGCUACCGUCGACUUUUUCACCAAGCGGAAAGCGCAGACUUCUGCUGCCGUUUCUCGAAUUAUCUGCCCUAUCAAGCUGGUCCAUUGCGGAGCCGACAUCGCCUACGCUAUCGAGUACACCCAGGAGGUUCGCGCACUACUGCGGGCCAACGGCGUUGACGUCCAACUCGUCGAAGUUCCCGGUGCGAUCCACUUCGGCAAUGUCUCAAACCCCAAAGAGAUAAAUGCCCACAUAGCCGAGAGCGUUCUGCAGAACUCAUCAGGCAUGACGAUCCCGCCUGUGCAACCCAAUGUCGUCUCUCCUUUCACUGCUGGCCUCAAGAAAGCUGGCUACCGGGAAGACGACGAGGACUCGGACGAGGAUUAG